AGUGCUGCUUCCUGGGAAACCAUCCGCGAAAGGACAUCGCUGGAGUUACGGGAGCUGCCGAACAACUCACGGAACCACGCUCAUCGAUAACGUUAACAGACUCCGGGAAUGAGGUUACUGAUACUAAUAAUACUCAUCAAAACAAUAAGCACCACCAACUAUAAAGAAAUAACGAACAGCAAUGGAUUGGUUGCGUUCAAGAUCAAAACAGCAAGGAUUAGAAUCGGAUAUGACAGAAUGUUGCAUAGAAUCAACCUAAAUACAUUAAAUGACAAUAUAGAAAACAUAGAAAAAAUCAUGAAAUCGUUUGAAACUAUAGAACACCUAGAGCAAACACUACUAGAAAAAACCAAACUAGCAAAAGAUAAACUCAGGAGCCUCCUACCACAUAGAAUAAAAAGGGGACUUAUGAACGCAUUAGGAACAGCCAUUAAACUCAUCACGGGAAACCCUGAUAACGAUGACCUAAUAGUCAUGCAUCAAAGUUUGGGAAUAUUAAAAACACAAGGAGACAAAUUAGUGAACAAUCAGAUGAAACAAAUCCAGAUCAAUGAACUUUUUCAAAAUAAAUUGAAUAAUAUUACAGACUCUAUUAGUAAAAUUGAAUCAAAAAUUACUAAGGAAUACAACACAGUACAGGGAAUAAAAACAGAUUUAGAAUUCGUCAACCUUAUCUGGAAUAUGGACAAAAUUAUCAGCAUAUUAGAGGACAUCGAGGAGCAAGUAGAAUUUUCUAGAGUAGGCUUGAUAAACAAAAACAUACUCUCAUUGGAGGAAAAACAGUUAAUUUUAGACAGGCUUAAGACACAAACAAUAAAGCUAAAUUACUUAGACGAAAUUUUCCAAUAUACCUCAGCGAGUGUCGGUAUCAGCAACAAUCAAGCAGUCAUAUUAAUAAAGACCCCCAUUUUGGAUAAAAAGACGUACGAUUUGUUAGAAAUCCAUACUUUGAGAGUUAACAAUUCACGGAUCGAUACGAACAUCAACCUGGUAACGAAAUAUGGCAACACAGUUUAUUACCAACCAACAGAAUGCGAUAUUUGCGAUGGAAAUAACCUAAUUGAGGACGAUUGCAUCUAUAAAAUAUUAACUCACCAAACACCCAAAUGCUCGUUUGUAAAAUCAAAACAAACAACACAAAUCAAAGAAGUCAAGCAAGGAAUCAUCCUGAUCGACACAACAGAAAUCGUAGAAGUAAAAGACUCUUGCGGAGAUUCAAGGAUGGUUAGCGAUGCCACAAUAAUCGAAACCGAAAACUGUACCGUCAAAAUACGAAAUUUCACAUUUUUUGGACAACCUGACGUAACCUACCAGCAAGAAUACCUGAUCCCAAUAUACAGCAAGCCCCUCCAAAAUGGAAAUUUUACAGAUCUUGACGAUGAAAACGUCAUGCUACGAAUACAGAACUUGGAAGAACUCAAUGAAGUUCAACUUUACUUGAACACCACACAACACCGGGUAACAAUUGGAGGUACAACCCUCCUCAUAAUAACAUUUAUCUGUUUCUUUUCUGUAUAUUUCUACAAAAAAGGUAAUAAAAGAAAUGAAGUAACCAAAAAUCCGCCAGAACCUCUCGUGGCUACUCAGGUGGACGAAACUGAAAACAACGGAAGUAUUCCAUUAUCCCUACUUCCGGGGAAGAAGGCAGAGCAAAAAUGCAUCCCGAAACCAUGGAUCGAGCUGCCGAAACUUCAAUCGAGGACGCUUGAAACUUAG